GUUCAGACAUGGACAAAAAAGUCUGGGUGAUUCUCGCUUCGGCGAUCCUCUGUCAAUGGACGCACGCCCUUCCGGUUCCUGAGGAGGAUGACUCACUGAUCAGUAACAGAACCGAAAUAUCAAUGACGCCAGGUGAAGAAAAAAAAGACGGAAAAGCAAUCUCACCUGUUUCAAGGCUGCUGACAUCACCAGUAGACCUUCUACGGCCUGAUAAAAUAUCCUUCUACACAUUCGACAGCAACGGGCAGGUGAUGCUGAAGCGGAUGACUCAGAAGGAGAUCCAGAGUCUGAUAGCCGCCGGAGGCGGUCAAUUACCAGUAGCAAUAUCCGAGCCGCAGAAGAUAACCGCGUCAACUGGAACAAAGAUUUCCGAUGUCGUCCAAAAUGUCCAAAAAGUCCUAGAAGGAGAACUGAACAAGCCUCCCCAGGAAAUGACAGCCAUGCCAACAAUUCCCGGGCACGCAAAUUCAGAAUGGAGCAGCAUUUUACCUUCAAUACUCUCCGGAGAUUCCGACUCCGAGCCAAUUCAAUUCUUCGAAGACUCUGAAAUCACUGAAGAGUCUGAAAAACCGAUGAUCCAGGUCCCGGUGAUCACCAUCGAGGAACCAAUUGACCAGUAUGAGACUCCAGAAGAGAAACCAGUUUUCCAAAUCCUCAACACUAUUCCUGCCGACAAAUUCAACAAAGAUAAUCAAAAUUUACCUUCUGAAGUAAUAAUUCCCGUUGAAGCCAAGCAACCUCCUGAAGAAACUAAGAAUGAUACCUGGAGCGUCGUCUCCGAGACUCAUUCCACUUCUGUAAAGGUUUCUGGGCAAGAUGAGGUCAAGAUCCACCAGAAAAUUCCCCCAGAAGUUCCUAAAGAACAAGUUAAGCCCACUGAAGCUUCCACUGAAGCUCCAGUUUUUUUAACUACCUUAAAAAUGACUACAAGUAAGACUUUUAGUAGUUCUACUACUACUACUACUACUACUACUACUACUACUACUACUACAGGAAAACCUCACCUGGGCAAUGAAGUGUCUUCAACAGCUGCAACGCCAGCCAGUGAAGAAACUCCCCAGAAAAGUCAAACAGAAGCGCUACCAACAGAACUUACUGAUUCGAUUACUAACAUGAUCAACCAGGUUUCAGAUGUUCUUCCUUUGAUGAUGAUGGACGAAAAGUCCAAGGUACCUGAAGCUGGCUCUGGAGAUGGUUUGAUUGAUGCUGAAGCCUUGGAAAGCACUACUCCGGUUAUUAAGAGUGUAACUACCACAAGAGCGGCUGAAAUUGAUGAUUUUGAAUCAAAAACUGAACCAGUUUCUAAAGUUGAAACUUCUACGUCUAAAAUUGAAGUUACAACAUCAAAAAUUGAACCUUCAACUCUGAAAAUUGAACCUUUGACAAAAAUAGAAUCUUCAACAUCAAAAAUUGAAGUAUUAGAUUCAAAAAUUGAAGCUUUAGAACCAAAAACUGAAUCUUCAACAUCAAAAAUUGAAGCUUUAGAACCAAAAAUUGAAUCUUCAACAUCAAAAAUUGAAAUAUUAGAUUCAAAAAUUGAAGCUUUAGAACCAAAAUCAACAACUUUAUCACUAGAACUUACGACCACAACUCCAGAAAUUAAAUUAUCAGAAAAAACGACUUUAAAACCAGAACCAGAAAAAAUAACAUCAAUUGCUUCAGAAUCAAAACCAGUAUCAUCAACAGAAACUUAUCUAGACAUUACAGAAAAGCCUAUUUUAAGAAUAAACAUCACGGAAAUAAAACAAGACCUAACGAUUCCUCCAAAUGUUUCUGUGACGGAAUCAACAAUGGUGCGAAUAAAACUAACUGAUCCUUUGAACAAGGUCCAUGAAAUUCUAGAAUCUUCGGCAGUGCAACCAACGACUCCAGAAGUAGAACCCCUGGCGCUUCCAACCACAGAAAUGUCUGCUAAUGGACUCGCUAGUGGAUUGAUCGCUGGGUUCACAGAGCCUCAGGGGACCGAGAUGUCCAUGGAGAUGAUCCAAUUCGACCAGCUUCCGAUGAUCAGUGUCUUAAAGCUGGAGAAUUCAUCCCAAGCUUCAACAGAAACUGUACCUAAAGUAGAAUUGGUUACAGAAGCUGAUCCAGAAUCUAAAACAUCAGAGCCUCAAGUUCGGAAGGAUCAGAAGAAAGAAACAAGCUUGGAGAAAACUGUAACUAGUGCAACAGAAAAAGAACCUGAAAGGUGGACGCUGAUUCCCCAAACGAGUCCUAAGCCUAAAGAACCUGUUAGAACUGAAGCACCCACUGGAAAAAGACCCAGUGUUAUGCAGCCGAGCAUUCCUGGAAAGCCAGAACCUCCAAGGUCACCAGAUCCACCUUCUCAACACAUUCCGUUAGAUCAUUCUAAAACUACGCCUGGUUUGGACUCUAGUGUCUUGAAUUUAGAGCCAGAUGUUUUGUAUUUUUCGAACUUGUGCAAUGAUCUAGCCUUCAAUUUGUGGUCAGCAGUGAACCAGGGGCUCAGCAAGUCAAGAUCUCUUGCAGUUUCACCCUUCGGAAUGACCAGCUUGCUUGCGAUGAUCUUCCUGGGUGCUAGAGGCCCCACUUCCAAUCAAAUGAAUGAUGUUCUGAAGCUGGAUGACAUAACGACCUUCAAUCCUCACCUGAUCUUCCAGAAUGUCACUGAUUCAGUUACCUCCAGGCGGAAUCAAGGAAUUGCCAAUGCUGUCUUUGUAAGAGAGCUGUUCGCUGACAAGCUCAAGGUCAACAAGCUGAUGACCUUCUACAAGGAACAGGCCCAGAAGUUCUACGACGGGAUCGUUGCGGAGGUAAACUUCUCCUUUGUCAGCAACGCGGUCAAGCGCAGGACUAAUUUACUGAUCAGGAAGCAAACUGGUGGACGGAUCAGGGAGUUUGUUAAGGACAACAAUUUGGUUCCGCUAAGGUCGCCUUUGGCUGCUGUUUCUGCUAAUGUCUUCCAGACGGAUUGCAGUUCUGGUAACGCGACGUCUGAAGGCCGUGAUGGAGAACUGUACUUCGCAGUGGCACCUACUGUUAAGCUGAGGAAGCUGGUGCCAGUUCCUGCCACGCUUUGGAAGGCUGGGGUACUUGCUGGGUAUGAAACUAGUCUGGAUGCCACGGCAAUUGCUCUAGGAGGGCUUGAUAAAAUGGUUUCUGUGAUAUUUGUGAUUCCUGGCUCGCAAGGUGGGUUAGCUACUGGAGAUAACUUGGAGAAACUUGAGGGUAGGAUUGUUAAUGGUGCUCUGCAUGAUGGCGCUUGGAAUAAGCUGCUCAAGGUGAUUAUUCCAAGGCCAGGUUUGGAGCUUCAAGUACCUAAGUUCAGUCACAAGAGUAUUAUUAAUUCGACUGCUGCGUUAAAGAAUAUGGGCUUGGAGGAUAUUUUUGAGAAACAUGCUAAUUUGAGGGGAAUCAAUGAUGUUGGCAAGGAUUUACAUCUUGCUGAUGUUUUUCAGAUGAAUUUAUUCAGCACUUGUGGGGAUGAAAAUUUCCUAGCAGGCAAACACCACGAAGAAGUCUACCCAGCUAGCUCGCAAAGAAACGCGCGGUCUGAAGAAAUCACCGAAGAAAAUUCAACGGUCGGUCAAGAAAAAACUGAAACUUACUACGAAAGCGAGGCAGAACGGAUAGCGCGCUUCACUCGUCAAGUUGACAAUGAAAAGCCGAGGUUAAAGCUUGACAGGCCGUUCUUGUACUUCGUCAGACAUAACCCCACUGGAUUAAUACUCUACAUGGGUCGCUUUAAUCCGCGACUUAUUUUUUAAAAUCGCUUUUUUUAUAUUAAUUAAAACAUAAAAUUAUCAAUUCCUUGGAAUGAAUCUUGCUCACACUCUGAUAGAAAAAUAACAAUUAAUUUUUGAAGUUAUAUCUUGAUCAUUUUCCAAACUAUUGUUGAUAAGUUUGGCCGAUGAUCGAAAUAUUAGACAAUAUUAAUCUUAAUAUAAUUAUAUUCAUUAAUACUAGCAAUAUAU